GGUACAUAUAAAUGCUCUACUAAAAGGAGUGGGUGGGAAGUUUAGCCUGAAGGAAUAAACUGAAACAGCGAGUCAGUGGAAAUCUGAGAUAUUAAAUACACCCUCUGCUAGUUUAGUUCCUCCAUUUAACUUGUUACUAAGGAGAACGAACGCACAAAGGGGGCAAAGGAUUACAUAGUGUUUCUAGAGAAACAGGAACAAUGAGUGACUUUGAGUUGGACGAUGCUAUAACAGACACUGAUGCCCAAAACGUGAAUACCAACUAUCCCUACAUGGGUAUUCCUGUUCCAUAUACUUUACCACUGCAAGUUGGAAUUCUUCAUGGUUUAGAAAUUCAGAUUUGUGGUGACGUGAAGCCUGAUGCUGGCAGAUUCACCUUUGAUUUUCGCAAAGGCAAUGAUAUUGCAUUCCAUUUCAAUAUACGCUUUGAUGACUCAGAAGGAAAAGUUGUUGUGAGAAACUCGUGCUUAGGUGGACACUGGGGUAAUGAAGAAAGAGAUGCCCCCUUAUUCCCAUUUGUUCAAGGACAGAGAUUUGAGGUUCGAAUUCGAAGUACUGACCAGAAUUACCAGGUGACAGUGAACGGGCAGCAUUUUAUUAAUUACAACCAUCGAAUUCAUGAACUAAGUGAAAUCAAAGCAUUGUAUGUUCAUGGUGACCUCCUCCUUCACCAAGUUAAUCCAUACAUGACUUAACUGUUGGAUUUCAGUAAAUACUUCAUCACUGAAAAACAUCUAUUAUAAUACCACACAUUGUGCACAGUGCAAGUUUUAUUAAUUAACUUCAUAUCCUGAUGUUUAUUUUUAGUCAAGUCCAUUCUUCGUUCGAUUAGUUUACUGUACUUCAUGUUUAUUGACAGUUUAAAUAUAGCACAUCACAACUGGAUAACUAUCCAUGGUAUUAUGGAGUAGUAAGGCUAUGUAUUUGAAGGUCAUAAGUCAACAUACUUGAGGUAUCUGAAAUAGUUUAACAUAUUGUCUAUUAAAAUGUCUGCAUGUGACAAACAUUAUUUUUGUUUUAUUACUUCUGGGAAAUGUUUUCAAUUGUGUAUGUUUCCUGUGGCUGACAUUGUAAUAUGUUUUUUCUUCUCUCUGUCAGAGCUAAUGGCUCUUUGAAAUGAGAGGGUAGAGACUGAUAUGGAGGACUAGGAAAGAUUUGUUUAUACUAAACACUGCUGCCAGUUUUGAGUAGAUUUUGGAGUUUGUAAUCUGGAGAUUUACUGAGAAGGUGCUAAACAAAAGCUUGUUUCAUCAAAGGCAUUUUGCCUUGCACAGUUAUUUCCUUUUGUGUGGCGUUCUACUCAGAAGGUUCUAAAGAUAAACUUUUGCAUUGCA